AUUCCGUAUUUAGUUAUAUUGCGUGAGCAAGACGGUUGAAUUAUGCCUCAUCAUACGCCCUCCCCCACGCAAGCGAAUAUUGAAGUGAUCCUCCGCCGUACACCUAUCGGAACUUGACCCAGUGGACUGGUGAGGCGAUUUCUCCCCAGACCGCGAGGCGACCAUGUCCAAGAAGCUGGUGAUCAUCGACACUGACUGUGGGAUCGAUGAUGCUCAGGCCCUGCUGUUGGCCCUGGCGGCCCCCAACAUCCAGCUGCUGGCUGUGACCUGUGUGUUCGGGAACGCUGAGGUGGCCGAUGUGUGCCAGAAUGUCUUGAAGGUCUUCUCCGUCUGCGAGCGCGAGGGGAUCCCUGUGUUCCGGGGAGCCUCAGGUCCCCUGGUUGGAUCCUGUAGCCUUGCAAGAGACCACUUUGGCAGUGAUGGACUCGGUGGCGUGAUCACUGAUCGAGAUCCAAAGUGGGAGGAGAAGAUCCAGAGGGAACAUGCAGCCGACGCCUUGGUCCGACUGGUGUCUGAACAUGAGAAGCAGGUGACCCUGGUUUCUCUGGGACCUCUCACGAAUUUAGCCCUGGCAGUGAGACUGGACCCUGGUUUUCCUGAGAAGCUCAAAGAUCUGGUUAUCAUGGGUGGAAACAUAGAAGGGAAAGGGAAUGUCACGCCGUGCGCUGAAUUCAACUUUGCGACUGACCCAGAGUCAGCAUAUAUUGUGCUGGAGGAGUUCAUCUGCCCGACGUCCGUGGUCUCCUGGGAGUUUUGUUGCAGAAACAGUUUGACAUGGGAUUUCUUCGAAGAGUUGGUCAGCCAAGACUUUGCUGCCGCCCGCUUCAUGAAGACUAUCACGUCUAAUUGUUGGGCCUACUCCAAAGAGUCCCUGAGGAACAAGAGGGACGUUUACUUCGGCCCAGGCUUCGUCUCUUAUGACUCGUACGCUGUAGCGUCCUGCAUCGAUCCCAGCCUGGUGACGGAGAGCCUCGUGUGUCCAGUCCGUGUUGAGCUGCAGGGAUCCAUCUGUCGUGGCAUGAUGGUGUUGGAUCAGACCAAUGAGCUGAAGAAGACCCAUAGCGUGUCAGUCCCCACCAAAUGUGAUGUCACAAGGUUCAGCCAGCUGCUGCUUGAGUCGCUGAGACAGCCAAUGAGGAGGGAGAAGUAGAUGAUGUCAUCCAGGCAGCAGGAGGUGUGCAGACAAUCAUCUCUUGUACUGUACAAACCUUUCUAUAGGCUCUAAUUUCAUCCAUCCUUCAUCUCCUGCUUAUCCGAGUUUGAGGCUUAGAGGCAGCAAAUGCCACCCCAGAACCCUCCUCCAGUUCUUCUGGGGGAACACCAAAGCCAAAUAAGUCUUUCCCCAGGGUUACUUCACCAUGCGGGAGGCACCAUUUCAUAUGGCUUCUCUACAUGUGGAAGAGCAGCUGUUCUGCUUUGCGUCUCACCCAGUUCACUUGACUCCAGUCUAUCUUUAAGUGGCCCCACCACCCCACAGAGAAAACUCAUGUGUCUGCAGUCAUUCACUUUUGGUCACCACCCCAAGUUCUUGAGCUUUGGUGAAUCAAAUACUUUGAAUUUUGGCUCAGCUUUUUCAACAGAGGAAGUCCUGGUGCACCCGUCCCUCACUACCUGGCGUAGUCUCUCCUCCUCCGACCAGGCAGCGUACCCCAACAAGAACACAGAAUUCAGCCAUGCUGCCUCCCUCUGUAGCCCAACCAGAGGUGGCGUCGGAGAGAGGUUCCCUGCACAGCUUCACUCAUACCAUUUGGAUUGCCAGGGCUGUCCUGUCGCCUUCCCUGGCAUCCGAUCCAGCUGAGUUGAUCAGUUUGUAAUAAACCUCCAGAGGUCUUGUUGAACAGGACGAGCAACAAGAUGAGGAACACUCAAGGCACAAUCCAGUAAUUAUCCUAACCGUCCCAGACUAGUGAGUCAGAUGAACAAUUGACUCAUGUUCACAUCAGAGGUCAGCUAUGACCUUUUGAAGAGAGUAGGAAGAAAGUGUCCAUCAAUCAUGGCGAGGGGUGGGACUGAUCCAAGACUACUCCAAGACUACAAGAAAACUACUCAUCGGCUGAGUUGACUUCUUGCUUUUCCACAUGCAGAUCAGCCAGUUACGGUACUCACACAGUUGGGUUGGGUUUCCAGGCAUGUCCCACUUAAAAAAAAUAAACAUUCUUAUUCAAGGCAGGAGAGGAAAUCCUUUGAUGCUACACCACUGCGUGAUGCAGAUAAUGAAAACGGGAAACAACAAUUCUGCUGAAAUCCUUUAUUUGAAUUGGUUGACAAACUGAGGCGAUGUUUACCCUCCAACUUAAAUGGUCACAUGACCAACGUAUCCUCAAAAGAAGUCAGAUGAAGACUGGGAAAACAAAUGAGCUCUCUGGGAUGUAGAUUACAGAUAAUACCUUCUGCCAAAUAAAAGUGCAAUGGCUGACACCAAUGAGUAUGUCAUGAUUAUUAUUAUUAGAAAGGUUGGCUGUCAACCUUUUUUUUUAAAUAAAGUUUAAACCAAAUUGAUGUAGACAGCAACAAAGUCCUGUUAAUGGCCUGUCUGACUUCAAUACUGAACUGUGGAGAUUCUGUACCUUAAACUCUGAAUCCGAUAAACAAGAUCUGGUUUUAAAUAAAAGCU